GCUCGCGCAUGCGGACUAGUCCUUGCCCUGCUGCUGCCGCUGCACCAGCCAGAGAGGAAGAUGCACUGAAGAGCUGUCGAGUACUGUCGAUGUGAAAUUCGUCGCUUUUUCAACGGAGUUCUGCGCUGAACGCUCGGAGUCCGUGGAUCCCGUCACAGCUUGUUCAUCAGACUUGCCACUUGCCUGGUUCAUAUCUCUGGUCUACAAGCUUCGGCCUCACAUGCAGACCACCAUCAAUACGAGAUGGUGUGACGUGUUCCUAAAGCCAUGACUUGUCAUCACUUCCCUGUGGGGUCCUCCUCCCCUUCCCAUGCCUGCCCAUCACCUCGGUGACUUUGUCGCCCCUGGACCACUUCCCCACUCUUACGCAGUCUGCUGCUAGGAUGCACGUGAUGGACAGCAUCUCGCCAGCCAAUGACAGCGAGGCGCUCUCAAUUUUUGAGGACAGAACCAAUAUGGAGGGACCACCACCACCUCCGCCUCCACCACCACCACCACUGCCUCCACCUCCUCCUCCUCCUCCGCUGCUCCCUAUGCUGGGAGACACCACGGGAGGCCUGAGGAGCAAGAAGAGGGUGAGGAGCUUCUUCUGGAAAACCAUCCCAGUGGAGCAGGUGAGGGGGAGGACCAACCUGUGGACUCAAGAGCGAGUGCAGCAGCAGUACCAGAUUGACGCCCACACGGUGGAGGAGCUGUUUGGCCAAUCAAACACUAAGACCGCACCCACCAGAGGAGCGUGGGUCCGCAGCUCGUUCCGGGAGCCGAAGGAUGAGGUUUCCAUUCUGGACAACAAGAGAGGCAUGAACAUUGGCAUCUUCCUCAAACAGUUCAAAAGAUCCAAUCAGGCUAUCAUCGAUGACAUUCGCCAUGGCAACAGUGAGCCGUAUGGGGUGGAGCCUCUGAGAGAGCUGCUUAAGCUGCUGCCCGAGACGGAUGAGGUGAGGAAAAUGAAGGCUUACAGCGGCGACGUCUCCAAGCUCUCAUUGGCGGACGCCUUCAUGUACCUGCUGAUUCAACUCCCCAGUUACACGGCACGAAUCGAGUCCAUGUUGUUGAAGGAGGAGUUUCCCAGUGCAUGCGAGGCCAUGAGGGGCAACAUCAGUGCACUUCGCUCAGCAACGAAAGAGGUGCUGGGUUGCCAGGAGCUUCAUGCCGUCCUCCACCUGGUGCUGCAGGCUGGGAACAUCUUGAACGCCGGGGGCUAUGGCGGCAACGCGGCGGGCUUCAAGCUGUCCUCCCUUUUGUCUCUGGCUGACACCAAAGCCAACAAACCGGGGAUGAACCUGCUACACUUUGUGGCGCUGGAAGCUCAGAAAAAAGAUGAGAAGCUUUUAGAGUUCCCAUUGAAGUUGCUUCAUGUUCAGGCUGCGUCCAGGAUCUCUGUGGAGACGCUGGACAGUGAACUGCAGUGGCUGACAUCCCGCACGCGCUCAGUGGAGGAAAGUGUCCAGAUGGACACAGAGCUCCUGCAGCAACUGGACAGCUUCCUACAGCGUGCAACAGCUUCUCUGUGCUCGCUGCGAAGUGGCCAGCAGCUGCUGAAGAAACAAGCCAAUGAACUGAUAGACUUCUUCUGUGAGGACAGUGAGAUGUUCCGUCUGGAUGACUGCUUUGGCGUCCUUCAUGGUUUCUGCUGCAAGUUCACCAAUGCCGUCAAGGACAACAAAGAGCGAGAAGCAAAGGAGGCAGUCAGACGCAGUCGGUUACAAGUUCUGGAAGAACAGAAAAGACAUUCCUGGGCCGGCGGCGAGGAGGUGGGUGGUGCCAUCGGCGUGCACUGUAGCAGCGAGACUGACCUCUCAGCAGCCAUAUUGCGCCAUGACAAGGCUAGCAUGCUGCUGGAGCUCCUCUCGCCAAAGUCCCGCCCAUUUUCCAGCAGCUUGUUCACUCCACGGGGACGUGCGGGUAGCUUGCGACGAUCCAGACACUCGCCGUCCACCUCGCCAUCGCUUGCAGGAGACCGUGAAUUGAGCACUCUCUUCACAUUCGCCGCUGAAAACCACCAGACGUCAUCGGCGUCAAAGGUGCCUCCUCAGAAUCUACCCCUCACACCGACAGGCCCGACAAACCUCAAUGAUCAUCUGACGCAUGUUAGCACCACGUUAAGCCAAGAGGACGUUAUGUCCGAUUUGAACAACAAUGGCAAAGAUGACCUCAGUUCGGUCUUUGACUCCAAGUUGUCACUUUCGGAAUGCAACAAAUGCCAAAUAUCUUCAGCGGUUGACGUUGACAACUGCAGCGCAGCUAACAACAACAAGAACAUGGCCGUGCUUUUAGAGAAGCGCUGUUUGGUUCCUGAACUGAAGGCCUUCAAUGAGGUCCCUACCAUUGCUGGCCGCUGGGCAGAGGACGUGCCGCGCAGAAGCACUCAUCUCCAUGGCGACCAAAAUGAUGUCACCGUUAGGGACGUGGAAGGGGAUAACGAAGAUAAAGUUGUCGUGUGGUGCGUGACGAGUGUGUGCGAGGCGGCGGGUGAGAAAGUGUACAACCAAGGAGGAAGUGACCCCUCCUCCUCUGCCCCGGGUAAGCACACGCCUUCAGAACGAGAACAUCCAACCAAUAGCAAGUCUGAACCCAUCAGCAGCCAACCAGUGCCUUCCUCGCAAAUCUGCGUCACCCCAUCAACUGCUCCUGCGACACCCGAACUCACCACUCGUCAAGAAGCAGUCAGUCCAGAGGCAGAAAUGCAGGGGUCCAAAACUCUCACCGGGUUGUCAAUCGUUGACAAACGCAAGAAGUCGGCAUUUUGUCAUGUGGGCAAGGAAGCAACGUUGGCCAAAACUUCCACAAAAAGCCAUGCCACUACCUCCAAAACCGGGACCAAACCCAGACAGGUACGCACCCUCAACAGCUCUGAGAACCAGAACAUGAGGAGGGUGGUGCCCAUCUCAAGGACCAGUAGAGGAACACCGGCCUCUCAAAAGCCCCCCGCGGAGAGAGCCUCCACUGACCCCUCAUCCCGACACUCCAGCCUCCACAAGGAUUCAAAGGAACAAAAUGCUCGAAAUCAGGACUUGCAAAGGAAGCCACUGGUCCGAAAGUUAGAAGAGAAGAUAUGCCGCUCCACAUUGCGGGCUCUAGGGAGCGGUGCCAGCCUCAGUGCUCCUGCCACGCCUUUACACAAAGGCACCCCCCCCUCAUUGAGCCCGGGUUUCGCUCGAAGCACCGCCUCUUCAUCUUUCAGAAAAACACACGCCACCCUGCCUCGACCCACUGUCCCCAAAUCUGCGUCUCAGUCUGCACCCUUAUCUAGCCCUGCCUCCCCCCUCACCAAAACAACCUCCCUUAGAGUCACCACCACCUCCACAUCUGCUGACCACCCUCACCCAUCCUCCUCCUCCUCGUCUUCCUCCUCUUCCGUGCUGAGGAAGACUCAGAGCACCAAGACACCCUACUCCUUCACUUCCCCUAAAAGCCACAAGCAGAGCAGCAGCAGCUUCAACAAGGACCCAGGACAUCGGCCCAUCUGGAGAUAGCACAUCACAUUUCCUGUGAUUGGACUCUAGUUGAAGUAGACUGAAUUUAAAUUAUAGCCUCAAAAAAUGUUGUUAUAUUUUCAUGUGGCACAUCUGGAAAAUGAAGAAAUAUUGUUUAUAUUUAAAAAGUGACACUAUAUAAACGCAUUGGUUCUUUUUAAAAUGAUUUACAUUUGUUUCUUCUAAUUAAAUACGCCUUUUAAUUUACAUACAUGUGCUUUUGAUGUUGGUUAGAAAUGUCUGAGGGGAACUUCUGCAUUUGAAUGGUGAGCUGGAUACUGUCCUGACCGUUGUUACUGAUUAUGUGUACUAUGAAUAAGUACUUAAACCACUCAAUCUGGGAUUUUUUCCACAAGGGACAACCCUUCCACAGCAGCAUCGGAUGAUUGCAGGGCGCCACUUUGAUACAUUUUGUGUGUUUAAAGAUGGUAAAACCAAUCCUAUGUACUGUGGGUCGACAGUGCUUUGUGCACACUACAAACCUUGCAAUCAUACCUGUAUCUCGUGUUCCCAGCAUCACCCACUGGUGACGUGUGACUGUUUUUUUUUCCAUCUGAGUUCAACAGCUCCUGCCGUGUUAAUGUCCAAGUAGAAGCUGCAGUAACACAAUCACUUUAUAUGACUUCUAUCAAAACUGUAGAGUCUAAUUCGGACCUACUUCCUGGUACGGCACGCUAAACAUCAUGGGAACUGUAGUUCUUUUUUUGUAUAAACAUAAGAUUAAGAUUAAGAUAUGCCUUUAUUCGUCCCUCAGUGGGGAAAUUUGUAUAAAACAUAAAGCUGAUAUGUGUCUUGACUAGGGAUGUCAAUCAAAAAUGUUGUUGAUUAAUCAUUUUGUCCAUGUUAACUCAACUAAUUGCAGGUAGACGCAGUUUUUUUUUACAUCUAUAAUAAGGAGGGAUGUGAAUAUCUGUUAAACGGGUUAAGAUGCGAUUCAAAAAUGUAAAAACAGAAAAUUUUAAAAACAGAACAAUUCGAU